CUAGUUUCCUCUCAGAACACUUCAAUUACAAUAUGCUGAAAGGUUAUUAUGGGAUUUUUACCCAAUGAUGCCAAAAAUAUCCUGCCUACUGCAGCUUUAAUACCACCAACAUGUCGUAUUUAGCGUAACCAUACCCUCCCCCCGCCACCCCCACAACUCAAUUGGGGCCUUUUCAGUGAACAAAAGCCGAACACAUCCGUCAGUGUGAGAAUAGGAAGGAAGGCUGGAAGAGGCUCUUUUGGUGGCUGCACCUGUUUUAUUUGAUGAGGCUCUAAUAAGCAGAUAACAGGAGGAGAUACAGACUCCACCUUCUCCUUAUUCCACUGGAAUUAAUUAGAUCCUCCUUUGAGGUCACGGCCUAGCAGAAGCCACCAUUUAGGCCUCUGAACGGUGUGUCAUCAACGGGUUGUUAUAGUAUAUUUAAAGAAGUGCAGAUGAGAUGAAAAUGUUGUGAUGAUGCUGGUAAAGUCCUUUUGACCUGUCCAUCCCUCCAGCAGCUUCCUUCUUCCUCCAUGAGUGUGAAUGGAUGUACAGACCUGGUCUAACAGAGUAUGAAACUGUGCACAGCGUCCCGUGUGAUGCUGCCGUCCACCCCGUCCCACACGUGCUUCCUACAGGUGGCUGCACGGUGUGCGUCGGCGAGUAGCGGCGCCGGUGCCCCGACGCCUGCGCACACUGGUGGUAGAGAAAGUCCUCCUUUUUGCUCUCCGUGGUGUGGUGAGUAAUUCAGCCAUAAUCCGCCUUUCUCCUCUCCCCUCUUCUUUCCCCUCUCCUCUCCCCCCCCUCUCCUGUGGUUCCAUUCAUAUUCUAAUCACAGCUUUCGCUUCUCCAGCUCUCAGGCACUCCAUCAGAGCCCUCCCAGCCUCGGGCUUUGCACUUUUACUUCCCCCCCUUUGUGACCGUUCCCUCUUCUCAGAGGCACACCAAAAAUAAGGUUGCCACAGCAAAAAGAGUGAGCACAAAAAAAAAACAGGUGAGAAAUCCACCAAAAAAAAAAAUCCACACAAAUUUCGGCAUGUUUGAACGUGAGCGUCUGAGCCGUGCUGAAUCUGUGAAAAAGUUUAUCACAAAGAUGCUGUAAUGGUGGAAUGAGGCGAGGAAUAGAGCAACAAGUGUCUGUGGAUGUGAAGCGGGAGUUAAAAUGAGAAGGAGAGGCAGGGAUGUAUGUUUAUAUGGAGCUCUGGGGUGUAUAAAAACGUAUUAAAUGCCAUAAUGGAAGACGGGGAGGCCACAGUGUUAGGACUGCGUAGAUCUAAGCCUCUUUUUUUUUUUCGUUGGGAGGGAGCUUUUCUUAUUCAAAACAGCCCCACAAAAGACUUCCAGUGAGCCUUGCCACAUCCCCAUCUGACUUGGGGCCAUUCAUCAGCCUUCCAAGCCUAUCAAUGACAUGUCCCCAUCAGGGCUCCUAUAAAAUCAGCCCCUUUCCCAUGAAACAUCAGCAAACAUUUUGACGGGUCUGGCUUUCCCCCCGCUGGAUUUCUGGAGUCUCUACCCCCCCCCUCUUUCCUCCCUUAUUCCCACCUCCCCCCCUUCUUCUUCUUCUUCUCCUCCUCCGCCAACACCACCCCUCUCUGGGCGAACCUCAGAUCCUCAACAUCUCCCGUGACGGGCAGUGGUCACAGGAAACACAGAGCGAGACGAGGGAGAGAGCCGCCGAGGACGGGGGAAACGUGCACUACUAAGCCAUUUUCUUGGAGGAGCCAGUGUCGUUGAUGGGAAGAGGAUGCAUUGCGGGCUGCUGGAGGAGCCUGAUAUGGAUUCCACAGAGAGUUGGAUUGAAAGAUGCCUCAACGAGAGUGAGAGCAAGCGCUACUCCAGCCACACGUCUCUGGGGAACAUGUCCAACGACGAACAUGAAGAGAAAGAAAACAACAGAGCCUCUAAACCACAUUCGACACCGGCUACUCUGGAAUGGCUAGAAGAGAACUACGAGAUAGCCGAAGGUGUGUGUAUCCCCCGAAGUGCCCUCUACAUGCACUACCUGGACUUCAGUGAGAAGCACGACACGCAGCCGGUGAACGCCGCCAGCUUUGGAAAGAUCAUAAGGCAACAGUUUCCAGCGUUAACUACCAGACGACUGGGGACGAGAGGGCAGUCGAAGUACCACUACUACGGCAUCGCGGUGAAGGAGACCUCUCAGUAUUAUGACGUGAUGUACUCUAAGAAGGGAGCGGCGUGGGUGAACGAGACGGGGAAGAAAGAGGUCACGAAGCAGACAGUGGCGUAUUCACCACGCUCCAAACUGGGGACGCUCCUGCCAGAGUUUCCAAAUGUCAAAGACCUAAAUUUGCCCGCCAGCCUGCCAGAAGAGAGGGUGUCAACCUUCAUCAUGAUGUACAGAACGCACUGUCAGAGGAUACUGGACACCGUCAUUAGAGCCAACUUUGAUGAGGUCCAAAGCUUCUUGCUGCACUUCUGGCAGGGCAUGCCGCCCCACAUGCUGCCCGUCCUCGGCUCCAACACCGUGGUGAACAUCGUCGGUGUUUGCGACUCCAUCCUCUACAAGGCCAUCUCUGGGGUGCUGAUGCCCACCGUCCUGCAAGCGCUGCCUGACAGUUUGACUCAGGUUAUCCGAAAAUUUGCCAAACAGCUCGAUGAGUGGCUCAAAAUAGCACUUCACGACCUCCCUGAGAACCUGAGGAAUAUCAAAUUUGAAUUAUCGAGGAGAUUCUCUCAGAUUCUAAAGCGGCAGACAUCAUUAAACCAUCUCUGUCAGGCGUCGCGGACUGUGAUAAACAGCGCCGACAUCACUUUCCAAAUGCUGGAGGACUGGAGGAAUGUGGACUUGAACAGCAUCACCAAGCAGACACUUUACACCAUGGAGGACUCACAAGAGGAGCACAGGCAGCUGAUUAUCCACCUGUAUCAGGAGUUUGACCGUCUGUUGGAGGAGCAGUCUCCCAUCGAGGCGUACAUCGAGUGGCUGGACUCGAUGGUGGACCGCUGUGUCGUCAAGGUGGCAGGGAAGAGGCCCGGCUGCCUGAAGAAGGUGGCCCAACAGUUCCUGCUGAUGUGGUCGUGCUUUGGUACCAGAGUCAUCCGGGAUAUGACCCUCCACAGCGCGCCCAGCUUUGGCUCCUUCCACCUGAUCCACCUGAUGUUUGAUGACUACGUGCUCUACCUGCUGGAGUCACUGCACUGCCAGGAGAGAGCCAACGACCUGAUGAGGGCCAUGAAGGCAGAGGGCAGCACAGCAGAGAGAGAGGAGGAAUUCCCCGUGACAGAAACCACCCCCACCUCCCCGUCUCCGGGUUCCUUCUCUCCGGCUCGGUCGGUCCACUCCGCGGGCGUUUCCUCGGCCAGCUCCCCGACGGCGGCGGCCGUGUCCCCGGAGUACACCGGAGUCGCAGCCACCACCACCACAGGCGCUGUUCAGUCAUAUACCUGGUCCCUUACAUACACAGUGACAACAGCCGCUGGCUCCGCUCCAGAGGCCGGACAGCAGCUGUCCUGUAUGAGGAGCAGCGCUCCGGUCCCGCCGCCGUCCUCCGCCCACCGGCUGCCCGUCUACAGAGAGGAGCAUGGGUAUACCGGGAGCUACAACUACGGCAGCUACGCCAACCAGCACCCCCACUCCAUCCAGAGCCAGUAUCCCAGUCUGGCCCACGAGCCGCCGCUCCCAGCCCCCCUCCACUACUCCCCCUACCACCGCUCGUCUGCACAGUACCAGCUCAACGGCCAGAUGUCUCGAAUGGAGCCGUGCUUGAUGGGCAGCACUCCUCGGUUGCACCCUGCGCCCGUCCCCCCCCGGUGGCCAGAUGUGUCGCCAGCUAACAGCUGUUACACCAGCCCACCUAUGCAUUCAUCCCGCUACGCUGCUUCUGGGGACAUGUACUCUCCUCUGGGCCCACGCAGGAACUCAGAGUACGAACACUCGCAGCAUUUCCCCGGCUUCGCCUACAUCAACGGAGAGGCCACCACAGGCUGGGCCAAGUAGCCCGUAAACACACCGCUCUGCACAGCCGUGGUCAAGCUCCGGGCCUCCUCGAACUGGUGGAUGCAACGUCUCUGAACACUUCCAAUCAAGUACAUCAUCAAAAAAGGAGGAGCAGAGAGUGCCGAUGCAAGGCAAUAGGAAUUAUGGUAUGGACGUACUGACAAUUUGAAAAGACUCUGAAUCAGUAGGGAUGCACCGAUACCACUUUGUUUCAGACCGAGUACAAGUACUUACAUUUGGGUACUCUCCGAUACCGAGUACCGAUACGAGUACUUCUCUGUGCCAAAAGACCCUCGUUAACAGCCAG